GAAUUUAAAGUUUUUAUUUAAUUUUAAUGUACCUAAUUAGUUUUAUCUAUAAAUUUACAAAUAAAAUAUGAGUCCCGACAAAAAAUGUGUACUUGCAUUAGGGACGGCUUUAACUGCAGGUUUGGUGCUUUGGAUGCUUUAUAAGCAUUUAAAAAUGGUCAAAAGAGCCGUUGUUAAAUCAUUGUUUGUUUACCCCGUGAAAUCAUGCGCCGGAAUAAAUCUUGAUAAAGUCGAUAUAACAGAACUUGGUUUUCUUCUUGACCGGUCAUGGGUGCUGUGUAAUGCCCAAGGAGUUGUGCAGACAAUGCGACAGCUUCCAAAAAUGGCUCUCAUCAAACCAUCGUUGGAAGGAACAGACUAUUUAGUCCUUGAUGCUCCUGGCAUGCCCACAAUGAAAAUUCCUAUUGACAUUGAAGAGGAUAGCACAGAAAAGCAUAUGCUUGAUCUCUUUGGUCUCCAUGGGGAAGGUCUGGACUGUGGUGACGAUGUUGCGCAGUGGUUUGAUAGAUUUUUGGGAAAGGAAGGGCAUCGAUUGUUCACUAGUCGUAGUUCAUGUUUAAAGAGAAGAGAGUUAAAAGAGGAUGAUGUGUGGGGUGAUUCUGUCCAGUCUACUGAUAAGAUGAUGUUUCAAGAUUGUGCUCCCAUAAUGUUGGUAUCCAAGGCCUCCUUAGAGGCAAUCAAUAAACAUUUGGAUUGCCCUGUUGACAUUAGAACAUUUCGUCCUAAUAUUUAUGUUGAAGGAUGCUUACCCUAUGAAGAAGACUUUUGGCAAUCUGUGCAAAUUGGCAAGGUUCUAUUGAGAAAGUUGAGGCAAACUCCAAGAUGUGUUUUGACUACAGUUGAUAUGGAUUUAGGUGUAAAACGAAAAGAUGGUGAGCCACUGAAGACAUUAAGGAGGAUACGUGUUUCAAAAUCUGAUGAUAAAAGAUACAAUGGAAAGCCUUUAUUCGGAGAUCUUUUUAUGGCUGAUGUUCCAGGGACAAUACAUGUUGGAGAUGAUGUCAAAGUUCUUGCUUAAGUAGUUAUUUAAAGACAGUAGCUGUUAGCUACAUUUUUUAUUUCCUAGGACCUUUAUUAAUACAACAGGCAACUGGCGAGAAAUGCUCACAGUGUCUGUUGUUUAAACAAUGAUCAUUGUCUUCAGUUGUUUAAUUUGAAUAUGUUGCAAUUAUAUUAAAGCUUUUAUUCUGGAAUCAUCACAACUUGCAAAGCUAGCAAAACUGAAGAUCCUUUAUAAUAAUAAGAACUUCACACCAAUGUAAGAAUAUUUUAAAAUUGUUAUUGUUCGAUUAAAAAUUACCUUCGCA